AUGGGUCGGCCCCCCUUUCACAUAACAGCUUUGCUAUGUCCUUUCGAGUCACAGAAGCAGCGCAAAUCCCGCACAGAGUUUUGUGACAGUCCUGGGAAUGUGCGUAACAGAGGGCUGUAUGUAGCACUGUCUCGCCGUGAUUCGUUCUUGCUCUUUUGUCCGCUCCGGCAGCAAGGAGCAGCUCAAUACUUGUUCUAUGGCCCCAGCGAGCAGCGUGAAUUAGUGGUGUAUAACCAGAGUCAUCGCGUGCUUCCAGGCCGCGUCAUGCAAAGGUGUUCUACCCUUAUUAUCUUUCACAUUGACUGA